UUCCAUAUAGGAACUAAAUUUUUGUAAGUUAAUUAUAGAAAUGAUUGUUGGUAUAAAAUGCUAAAAAUAGUCAUCAAUUGAACAGUUUGACACGCGCUUAAAUCUUAUCCGAGUUGUAUUUUAAGUGAUAUUGGAUUUUAAAACUGCACAGUUUGUUAUCCGGAAAUGAAUCACUGAGAAUCCCCGUACAGGUAAAAUUGUCCCACCUUUAUUUGAUAACGAGAGCCAGGAAGUAUGGAAAAUGAUCACAUCCGUUAGAAAGUGUUUACUACAAAGAUAUGGACACAUUAUCGGCUGUGAAAUACUCCAGACUGAGUACUAAAGAUGAAAGUGAUUCUCCUUGCACAUGCAUUGCACUGAAGAACUAUGGAUCAUCCGGGUCGUCACGGCACCAAUUUCCAAUCAAUGGACAUUUAAAUCCGCUAGAUGUUGAAAAAACUGAAUACCCACCAUCAAAUGAAAGUGAUCUCAUACGUGUUCAUAAACCUCUUAAAGAUAGAACGAAAUAUGCCCUUCUUGCCUGCUUGUUUUGUUUUUUCCCAACUGGAAUAAUGUCUAUCGUCUAUGCAUCACAGGCAAGAUCAGCAUGGGAACGAGGUGAGACGAAGAAAGCGCGGGAAAAAUCGAGCUUGUCCAAAGACUUUAUCCGUGCAUCUGUCUGUAUUGGAGGAAUAGUGUACAUUCUGAUAUUCUUAGUUAUUCUAAUUACUGUCAUUUUCAAUGUACAUGCUUGAUAUACCUAUCAUUUACAUGUAAUGUGGAUAUACCAUUUAGUCUUUCUGUAAACUCGAAAAGGAACAAUAUUUUGAUUUGUAUGGUCUACAUAAUGGAGAUAAUAUUGAAAUUGAAAUGGCAUUUACUAUAUUUUCUUCAAUUAUGCAA